AUGAGACGUUCAGGUUCCUCAUCGUGCAUGCUUCGUCCAAAGAACAGCAUGGAUAGCUUGGACAGCCAAUUCCCAGAGCAACUCUCCGUGACCAUGAUUAGCCGAGAAGAUUUGCCUUCCUUCUCAACCGAACGGUUUUUCAUGCUCAGCGAAUUUCAUCUGAACGCGCACUCGAUACGCUUUGUAUCAGAUCUCCAAGAUGACUUUACUAUCCCAUCAUCCUCCAACGACGACAGCGAUGUGGAUACCUCGGCUGUGCUGGAAGAAUUCAAAAAUGGCACAGAUUCCUUCCCACCCUUUCUCAUCUUUUACAUCCUAUGGCGACCCGACAUGACCAAAUCUGCUGAAGCAUUUGCUUCUGAGCACAUCCUUCCCGCGGUAGAAGCUGUGCAAUCUCACACCGUGAUUGCCCCUUCCGAAGAAGAAAAGAAGAAAGCUCGGAGUGGGGACGGCACAACCACUCCAACCAACGGCUGUCGAACUCCCACGGGAGACCAGGAAAAGGAAUCUGAUUUUGCUGGUCGAGAACACGAUAGUGUCACCAGUUCAUCCCUAAGCUCUUUGACAGAAAAUCGAAGAACUCGACUGUAUCUCGUAGUAGAACGAACAAAUCCUUUUCAAGACGACGAUGAUGACAAUGAUGAUGGCAAGGACCAAAGCACAUCACCGAUUGAAAUGCAACAAAAACACGAAAAGCAACAACAACAUUUUGAGAGCGAAACAGCUCUUGCAGAAAACCUCGCAAGACACAUGGCUUCUCACUCUCGAUUACGCUCAGUCUUUCAUGGAAUUACCAUUGGCGUGGCCAAUCACAAGCGAGCUGCCCCAGGACUGGACGCUUGUUUAAAUGCAAUCAACUUUGGCGCCCGAGAUAGAAGAAAGAUUUCACGAGACGCCAAGUGUCAUAUUGGUUUAAUUUGUUUAACACCCAACGAUCUGUUGGGUCUCGACAAGGACGGGGAAACGGAUGCUGCACAGAAUGUCUUGCAGACACGAAUUAGUACCGAGUGGAAUGGAAAGGGCAAUCUCAAGACAUUUGCCUAUCGAGCCCACGCCAUGUGGUGCAAAGACUUUGGCAUGCCUCUACAUUCAGCUGAUUUCCCUCUGGCAGAAGGAAAACGAAGGUCUGGGAGACGUCUGGGUCGGUUGGAUGAAGAGCUGGAACGACGCUUUGAUUCAUUGAUAUUGGAUAUUCUCAACUUUGGUGCGUUCCUCUUGAUUACAUAUUUUGUAUGGAAAGGCUUGGCAGGAGAGCUUUCGUAA